CUUGCUGCCAUCUAACGUUCGCAGCCCAGAGAACGUUGCCCGUUCAGCUACAGAAUUUGCGCACGGGACGCAGCUUAGGUCAGGAUGACUGCGCAUGCGUAGUAAGAGAGGGACGUGCCUGGCCAUUUUGCCAUCAUGGCGGGAUCAAACUCUAAGGCGAGGCCGGUCGAAGCCGACCCAUCAGGAUGCCCUCCUCCCAUGGAGGGGCUGCAGCUGAUCCAGCAGGGGGCCGAAGCCCGCCUCUAUCGGGGCCAAUUCUUAGGCAGGCCGACGGUGAUGAAGCUCCGGUUCCCGAAACGUUACCGGCACCCAACGCUGGACGAGAGACUCAGCCAUAAGCGAACGGCGCAGGAGGCCCGUUCGUUGCUACGCUGUCGACGGGCAGGGAUUUCUGCACCUGUUGUGUACUUUGUGGAUUAUGUUGCUAACUGUAUAUAUCUUGAAGAUGUUGUAGGAUCACUUACUGUUCGGGACUAUAUCAUCUCCCAGCAGCAAUCUGGUGAAGGCACCAGCAGUCUUAUUCUAUUAGCUGAAAAGAUAGGUGAGAUAUUGGCACGAAUGCAUGAUGAAGACCUUGUACAUGGGGAUCUCACAACUUCUAACAUGCUUUUGCGACCACCAGUGGAGAAUCUGGAGUUGAUGUUAGUAGAUUUUGGACUAAGUUUUAUUUCUACCCUUCCUGAGGAUAAGGGUGUUGAUUUGUAUGUCUUAGAGAAAGCCUUUUUGAGUACCCAUCCGAACACAGAAGCUCUGUUUGAAGCACUCUUGAAGAAAUACUCAGCUGCAUCUAAAAAAUCAAUUCCAGUGAUUAAAAAACUGGAUGAAGUACGAUUAAGAGGAAGAAAAAGAUCUAUGGUUGGAUAAAGAAUGAAAACAAUACAGGGAGAAAAGGAAGAGGAACUUUUUAUAUGUGCUUUAAAUAUUUCCACUUAUGUCUGAUAAUAAAAUUGAACUUGGCCAUUUUCUUUAUUUCAUAUUUAUAUAGUAGAACUUUUUUUUAUUACUUGAUUCAAAUCCUAUAUGAUAGCUGAAAAAUUCAAGAACAGAAGUUGAUAUCUGCUUCUUUGUCAUCUGUUUACUUUCCUAAAUCAGUGGGAAUUCAACCCACAGUUCCAUCAUAAGGAUGUAAAUCCCUGAUAUAGUAUCUUAUGCAGCCCAAUCAUGCAAUUCAGGUAAUUUAGGCCAUUUCAAGAUUGGCAGGUUCCUAUUAAUCUCUUAAGAUUUUAUUUGCAUCACAGCCUUUUGUGCCAAAAGUAUAUUCAUGGCAUUAACGAAAAUGCUGUUAAUUUCUAUGAAGUUGGAUACUCCUAGGUCUGUUGAAAUCAGUGGAUUUAGACCAAUUUUAUUAUGUAGUACUUGUAUUCUCAACAUGGCAAUUGGAUAGCAAUAUGCCUGUGAACGUUCUUGUUUCGUAUCAGACUUCCUACUUCCUUGACUCCUUACCCCUUUGUUUACUAUUUUUUUUUAAUAAAAAACUGCAUAGUACAAAACAAAA